UAUCUUGUUCUUUGUCAGUCAAUAACAUUGAAGAAGUUGUGAUUUUAUGGCUUUUGAACAUAAUCAUCGAAAAAAUUUGACCUGCUGAUUGUUUUGUGAAUUCCAGCUAUCUUUAACAUUCAUUUGAAGAUAGUGAAGGAAAACUCCCGUCUCUAAAGUUUCAAUCGCUUUCUGGAUAAUCGUGAUUCAAUUAUAGACAGACUGGAAGAACCUAGUUCGGCCAUUUUGUCUGACCGGCUGUACUGCUUUUAUGAGAAAAACAAGAAAUCGAAAUUUGGAAAAAGCUUCAAGACGGUUUUGCGGACCGUUCACGUAUAGACCUUAAUCAAGAUUUUUUUUGUUCCACAACAAGCUUGUUUUGCAUGUUUCCUGAAUUAGAUACGAUGGUUCAUUGCAGUCUGUAAAAAUAAAAAAAAAAUUGUAAAAUGACCUACGAUACCGGCGGUCGUCCGCUAGACCCACCGGAAAAACAAAAUGAUUCUCCAUCUACUCAUGAUACGCAGCAAAUUAAAUCAAACGUUGAGGAAUUAUUGGCCACCUUCCCAGAGGAAAAACUUGCAUCGCUUAACAUCAAAAUUUCUAGUUCACGUUGGGUUGUACCAGUGUUACCUAAUCAAGAGCUGGAAUGUCUGUUAAAUGCCGCUAUCAAGCUCUCUCAGGCUGGGAUCGACAGCGAAUGCGAAUCUUGUGUGAAAUUCUAUCGAGAAGGCCUUACAACUUCGUUCAUCAAAAUCCUCACAGACGAGGCGGUCUCAUCGUGGAAAUACAACAUCCACCAUUGCAUUUUAAUAUCAUGUAGCAAGCUAUUACACUUGAUAGCAUUGCACAUGAGACAUGAUAACCAGUACCUAUUAAAUUUGUUGGCAGUGGUUCUUGAUCCUGAAAACAAAUUCCACACUCAAAAUGCAUCACGUCAACAUGAGCUUCACUCGCUGGGUGAAUCUACAGAGCCACUUCAGGAUAAUCAGGUUUUCGCAAGUUCGCCCCCGGAACCAAAGAAUCCGCGAGGUUGGUUGGUAGAUUUGCUGAAUCGAUUUGGAGAGCACAAAGGGUUCGAUAAUUUAUUGGAACGCAUAGAUGCCGGAAUUAGGGGUUUUCGAAAGCAGCGCGAGCUUAAAAUAGCAAACAAAACACAACAGCGGAAUUCUUUGAAUGAUUCUGUUCGAUCGAAGACAGCUAACGUAGUCAAUUCGGAUAGCACCGUACCAGAUGAUCAAGAUGAAUUGACACUCGCCGCAUUGCAUACAAUACUACGUCCCUUCGGACAGUGUGCUGAAUUGCUAACAACAUCAACUAUCGAAACGUAUUUCAUGCCAAUAUGGGAGAUUGUUCUAGAAAUUCUAGAAACUUUGUCCGACGAUGAACUCAAACGCGAAGCUAAAUUUGAAGGAAAAAAUGAUGUUAUCAGUGGCAUUGUGAAAUAUACCCGUGCCUUGAUCAAUCGCGUUCCAAACCAGGAGAAUCUUUUGCGUGAUUUGGAGAUGUGUCGUUUAAGAAUAAUAUUACGAGUGUUGCAGAUUUCUAGCUUCAAUGGCAAAAUGAACGCGUUGAAUGAAAUCAAUAAGGUUUUAGGUUAUGUUUCAUAUUACCCACAUCGUCAAAUGACCGAAGAUGAAAUGGACGUUCUUAAUGCGGAAAAAAUGGCGAAAUGGAUAAGAGAAAACAAUGUGCUUGGUAUAGUACUACGUGAUUCACUGCAUCAACCACAGUACGUAGAAAAACUCGAAAAAAUUCUUCGAUUCCUCAUCAAAGAAAAAUCACUCACAUUCGAUGAUCUGGACGCUGUGUGGCGAGCUCAAGCAGGGAAACAUGAGGCGAUAGUGAAAAAUGUCCACGACCUUCUAGCCAAACUCGCAUGGGAUUUCAAUGCAGAACAGUUAGAUCACCUAUUCAAAUGCUUUCAAGCGAGUAUGAAAACUGCGAACAAAAAACAACGAGAGCGAUUAUUGGAACUGAACAGACGAUUAGCCGAGGAUGAUAAGAAUGGUGUGAUGGCACAAAAAGUUCUCAAAUUAUUUUGGACACUAGCCCACAGUCCAGAUGUACCUCCUGAAGUACUUGACCAAGCGUUGGCUUCACACGUAAAAAUUUUGGAUUACAGUUGUUCACAGGAGAGGGAUGCCCAGAAAACUAUGUGGUUGGACAAGUGUGUAGAUGAGUUGAAAGCUGGCGACGAAUGGGCUUUGCCUGCCUUACGCCUAAUCCGUGAGAUAUGUACGCUUUAUGAAACAACAGCAAAUCAUACACCGAGAGUUCACCAAACAUUAACUAGACAACAAGUCAUCGAUAGGCUUCAAAAUGAACAUACGCUUGUUAUUCAAGUAACUAGUAGUUUGACCAAAUACAUGGAUAGAGUGCGAGCACAGAUCAAGCAGAAUCCAACAUUAAAUCCUCUGAAUUUACUUUUGGAUAAGCGGUAUCCACACCCGCAACAAAUACAGGAAAGACUUGAGUUUUUGAAAUUUUUGUUGAAGGAUGGUCAGCUGUGGCUGUGUGCGGAGCAGGCAAAGGAAAUAUGGCAGUGUUUGGCAGUGAAUGCAGCUUUUCCUAGUGAUCGCGAAGAAUGCUUCCGUUGGUUCGGGAAGCUAAUGGGCGAUGAGCCAGAUCUCGAUCCUGGCAUUAACAAAGAUUUUUUCGAGAACAAUCUGCUGAAGUUAGAUCCAGUGCUUCUUACUGAGAGCGGAAUAAAGUGUUUUGAACGUUUUUUUAAAGCGGUAAAUUCAAAAGAAGAACGCUUGAAAGGUAAACAACGUGGCUACGUGCUUGAUAAUGAAGAUCUGAUAGGUAAAGACUAUCUCUGGCGCGUGAUCACCGAUGCUGGUGAAGAUAUCGCCUGUAAAGCAAUAGAUUUGCUGAUAGAAGUGUCAACUGCCCUAGGGCCAAGACUACAAGCAAACUUGCCAGAAUUUCAUGAAAAAUUCAUCGGAGAGUGCUGUGAUAGAAUGCAAAAUUAUUACGCGAUGUUGACCGAUUUGAUCGAUGAGAAUACUAAAAUAUUAGAUGACGUCACUGGACGACUACAAAUAGCAGAAAAGAUGUGUCGAGUAGUGAAAACGCUUCAAGAGUAUAUCAAAGAAUGUGAUAGAAACUAUACAGGGGAAAGAUUAUUGCUGCCUCUGGGUCGCGCGUCGCGAGGAAAGCAUAUGAAUCUAUACAUACGUUUCCAAAAUCCAGGACGCCAGCUAGAAGAUUUGGAAGUGCUCACACAUAACAAUGAGACAAUAUUCUCUUUCAAGCGAAAUCUGCUAAAGAAAAUAAAGGCCACAACGAAUAGUCUAAAAAUAGAUCUAUUCAAUUGCAAUGGAGAACUUAUUGAAAUAAUCGAUGAUCGACACCCGUUAUCAAGUUACAACAUUCGAGACAAAACGCUUGUCACAGUUAAACUGACGCCAAGUGGGUCGGGAAUAGCCAGCUCUCCAGACAGCUCUAGCGAUAGCAGUUCUGGUUCUCCACCUAGACCGUGUCCUGACAUGCUUAGAUCAGAUUCUGAGGACAUGUUACCUGGAGUGAUUAUUUCGCAAAGGCCAAUCUACAUUGAAUUUUUCCUCAAAAUUUAUCAACUAGGCAGCAAUCUCCAACACGGAUUAUUACGAGACAGUUGUGGAUCUCUACUGCAUUUAUUGCCUUCAGAUAAUAUGACAGUGGCAAACCUUCAGGCACUAUGCAAUUUCAAUAACUUUGAUCUGUCUGACAAUUCGUUUCUUGGGAAUAAUACAGUUUCACGUAAUCCCGAGUCCCUCUUUAUUGAUCCUAGCCCGUCGCGUGUGCUGUAUAAUUUGGAAGUUCUCCAUGCGAUGCUCAUACCUGCAUUGGACCCUGGCAAUGAAGCAACGCUACAUUUACAAUCUUGUUGGUUACGUUGCGGUGCAGCCAACUUCAUUCUGGAUUUACUGACAAAAAAUAAUUUCCUACCAACAGCUGACAUGCACACGAAACGCGCUGCGUUCCAUUGUGCACUAAAAUUGGUGAAAUUCUUCUUGUACAUAGUUGGUUGUAUUCUGAGCAAAGUGGGAAACGAUCCUUACAAUUUCCAUUCCGACACCGAGCGUUCUCAAAUUGAAAUCCUCGAGCAGGCCAUUCAAGCAAUAUCUGGCAAUUCAGAGUUGACUGUCAGAUCCAUGGCAAUGAAAUUAGCGCAAAUUAUUUCCGAAGAGAUGUUAUCAGCUGGUGCUGAGGGCGAAAGAUGCCGUAAUUUGUUUCAGUCAGCACUGCAGUGGAGUUUGCCAGACAUGCCAACUAUAAAAGCGAUUUUGAAUUUAGCAUGGGCCGCAUCAGGUAAUAAUUUGCAGUGUAUCGGUUCAACGAUUGAUUUUAGUCAAAAUAUAACUGUCCCUGAGAUAGCAGACUACGCAGUCUGUAAAGAGGCACUAGAAGUACUCGGCAUUGCACUUGUUUUACACUAUAAUGCUUACGAUACACUCAGUCGAGAUAAUGCUUGGGCGAGCUUCAUCAAAUCGUUAGUUCUAAUCAAUCCUUCACGUCACAUACGGCAGACAGCAUAUGAGCAGCUUUUUCUAAUGAGCACUUAUUGUGCUACCGAUCGUCGUCCAUUUCUGUUCAUUGUAAAUUUACUGGUCAAUCUGUUGCACACGGAAGUUCCACAACAUCAGCAGACAUGUGCUGACUAUUUUCAACUGUUCUGCCGUAUACUAAACUAUGGAUGCUCGUACAAUUGGCCGUUGACAAAAUGCGAAAAUUUGUUGACACAGGAAAUCGAAUGGUUGCGAGCAGUUCGGGAUAGCGUGAAGACAACUGGCGGCAUUCAGAUACAUGAUGAUCUCCUGGAAGGGCAUUUAUGUCUAACUAAAGAGUUGAUUUGUUACCUCAGUCCAGAGAUCAAGUCGCUUCGAGCAGAUCUUAUUACGGAGUUAACAGACGAUUAUCUGUUCAGUGCUUCACGUCAGUACUUACAUUUACGUCGCAACGGAGAAAUGCUGAACAUCAACGCUCCACCACCAGUUUGUCGUAAUUCGCACACAAUAACUGCAGCAUGUGAUUUACUGGUUGCCUUAUGUCAGAAUUCUGUGGAGAAUAUGAAAAUUUUGGUGAACACAUUGUUGAAUAUGUUUUGCACAGACAUCGAGCCACUACGUGAAUGGGAAUACUUGCCACCUGUUGGACCUCGACCGCCGCAGGGUUUUUGUGGUUUGAAAAACGCUGGUGCUACAUGUUAUAUGAAUUCGGUUCUACAACAGCUUUUCAUGGUGCCAUCGCUGCGUUUAGGUAUACUAUCAGCACGAGGAGCAGCCACCGAUCCCAACGAAGACUUUAGUGGGGAACCAGAUGUAUGUGCUAACGAUGUAUCAUUUUCAACUAGAUUAAUAAUAACCGAUUUUCAGUCCGUUCAAGAAUGUGAUGAAUCGAAUCGGAAAAAUUACCAUGUGGGGAUUUUGAAAUAUGUUCAAGCCAUAUUCGCUCACCUCGGUCACAGUGCAUUGCAAUAUUAUACGCCACGUGGAUUGUGGAGUCAUUUCAAACUUCAAGGAGAGCCAGUUAAUUUACGAGAGCAGCAAGAUGCGGUUGAAUUCUUCAUGUCGCUUUUCGAGAGCCUAGACGAAGGACUUAAAUCGCUCGGCUAUCCUCAGCUGAUGGGUGCAACGUUGGGUGGAUGUUUCAGUGAUCAGAAGAUAUGUCAAGACUGCCCGCAUCGUUAUAGCAAAGACGAACCGUUUAGUGUUUUCAGUGUAGAUAUUAGGAACCAUAGUUCGCUUACAGAUUCCUUAGAACAGUAUGUUAAAGGGGAAAUUUUAGAAGGCGCGGAUGCUUACCAUUGUGAUAAAUGUGAUAAGAAGGUGGUGACCGUUAAACGGUUGUGUGUGCGAAAGCUGCCACCUAUUCUAGCUAUUCAACUUAAACGGUUUGAGUAUGACUAUGAGAGAGUGUGUGCGAUAAAAUUUAACGAUUACUUUGAGUUCCCUCGCUGGUUGGAUAUGGAACCUUACACAGUAUCUGGUUUGGCAAAAAUAGAAGGUGAAGUGAUAGACGUUGAUGACAAAUCCGAUCAAUGCACUGAAACACGUUAUCAACUAACAGGAAUUGUUGUACAUAGCGGGCAAGCGUCUGGUGGCCAUUAUUUCAGCUACAUACUCCACAGAACACCUAGCGGAUUGGAAAAAUGGUAUAAAUUCGACGAUGGGGAAGUACUUGAGUGCAAAAUGAACGAGGAUGAUGAAUUGAAGGCACAGUGUUUCGGAGGCGAUUACAUGGGAGAAGUGUAUGAUAAUAAUCUUAAAAGGAUGCAAUAUAGACGCCAGAAAAGAUGGUGGAAUGCGUAUAUGCUGUUUUAUACCCGGUGUGAUCAUGCAAAUAUAACGUACACAAACUGUAUAGAGCAACUUUCGUUGGCAGAGAGUAAAUAUUGCAUAUUGCCAAUGCCGGCUCCCAUAGAAAAAAGUGUGAGAACUCAAAACAUUCGAUUUCUCCAUGCGAAAAGUUUGUUUUCGGUGGAAUUUUUUACGUUUGUUAAAAAGCUAGUUAGUCUACCGCAACUCCAGGGAACCGAAAAGAUAGAUAAACUGCUACCAGUAGCAGAAGAGUUGUCGUUGCAAAGUAUGCAACUAGUAUCGCAGUUUCUUUUUCAUUCGGGAUAUAGAACGAAAAAAACUGUACGUGGCGUUGCGAAUGAUUGGUACGAAACACUUUGUCAGCACAUUCGAACAUCGGCUGCAGUUAGGCAUUGGUUUGCUGCCAAUGUGUUGUUGAGUCCUCCAACAAGGCUAUGCGAGUAUAUCUUAGCGGCACCUUCUCCAGAAAUUCGAUCCACUUUCGGAAAACUAGUCGUAUUCUUUUGUCACUGUGCCGCCAAUGAUGAACCGCUUCUCGGCUACGAAGGGAACAAUCUUUGUGAACAAGUUCUGAUUGCGGUACUAUCUAUGUUGAAAGAAGAAGUUGCUGAUUACGGAAAGCACUUACCACAAUACUUCAAUCUGUUUAGCCUAUAUGCCGGUUUGGGGCUUCAUGAGAAGCAACAGCUGAUUAAGCUUAACGUUCCUGCCAUUUUCAUGAAAGUAGCAUUAGAUGAAGGCCCGGGACCGCAGAUUAAAUAUCAGUAUCCUGAUCUGAGCAAACUGCAUCAAGUAGUUUCGCAUUUAAUUCGUUCUUGUGACGUAUCCAACCGAUGUCAGAGUUCGAAUGGUGCCGUAGCUGUGAAACCAAAUAUUUUUAUUGACCAGCACAUAACGUAUGAUACGUUAAUGCCUCUUUCAUCCGAGUGUGCCGAAUAUCUUUUCAAUAGAGUUAGCUAUAUUAAACGUUUAAUCGAGGACACGAAUAUUGGUGAGGAAGGUGUGAAAUUAUUACAGUAUUGUACUUGGGAAAAUCCCCAUUUUUCGCGGGCCCUACUAGCGGAACUAUUGUGGCAUUGUGGAUAUGCAUAUUGGCACGAUAUGAGGCAUCACACCGAGCUGCUGCUCCAACUAUUGCUAAUUGAGGAUUCAUGGCAAAACCAUAGAAUACAUAAUGCUAUUCUCGGCAUUUCGGAUGAUCGAGAAGGCCUCUUAGAUAUCAUUCAACGCAAUAAAGUUAAUUACCAAAAAAGGGCAUACCAGUGUAUAAAGUGCUUAGUGCAACUGUUCAGUCGAAGUCGUGUUGCUCUGAAUUUGCUUCACAGUACUCGGACCCUCGGACGUCAAUGGACACUCGCUGUAGAGUGGUUGCAAGAUGAACUAGACAGGCACAGAGGUUCUGGUGGGCAGUAUAACUAUAAUUCAUGGUCCCCUCCAGCACAAAGUAACGAUAACACGAACAGUUUCGUGCUAGAGAGAUCACAAUCUGCUAAAAAUGUGCUGCAAAUGGCAUUUGAACUUUGUCCGGAAGAAGAUCAAGAGGACCCACAGGAACAAGAAAUUGAAAAAAGUGCUGAAAACUAUCAAGCAGCACCAAUAAACACGAAUGAAACAACGAAGCUCGCAUGUCUACAUAAUGAGCCAAAAAUGAAUACACUUCAAGAAGAAAAACAAAAUUGUAGUCCAUCUUCUAUUGCUAACGUUGAUAACAUAAUGUCAAAAGUCAAUAUUCAUGCAGAAGUGGAAUACGAGACAACAUCUAGUGAAUUAACGACAACUGUUCAAAACGUGAUCUCUACCAAGAAAACUCCCGGAAGCAUAACAGAGAAUGAUUCUACGAUGAUUCCAUCCGAUGAUAAAGUUUCAGCAGAGCUUAAUCUUCAGAUAACAAGUCAACUUCAACAUACAUCUCCUCCGACUACUGGCACAACAGCUAACAGUUCACUAACUACAAGUACGGAAUAACCGAAAAGGAAAUGCUUGGAAUCUUCAUUAUUUUUCUUUGUUCAUAUUACUAUUAAUCUUAACUACCUACGUUUUCAAUCUAAGAGGAAAAUAAGAACAAGAGAAUUUUGUAUAUUAUUAUUUAUAAAAAUUAUUUAAAUUCGAAAACCAAAAAUACAGAUAAUAUUAUUGUAA